UGACUCUUCCCCUCUCAAGAUGGCCGACAAACUCCCUUCGGAGUUCGAUGUGGUGGUGAUAGGAACCGGCUUGCCGGAGUCCAUCGUUGCAGCUGCUUGCUCAAGGAGUGGCCAGAGCGUUCUCCAUGUUGAUUCAAGAAGCUAUUAUGGAGGAAACUGGGCCAGUUUCAGCUUUUCAGGAUUGUUGUCCUGGAUAAAGGAGUAUCAGGAAGAGAGUAAUGGGGAAGAGUGGACAGCAUGGCAAGAGCUGAUACUGGAAACAGAAGAAGGAGUUGCUCUUCGUAAGAAAGACCAGACCAUCCAACAUGUAGAAGUUAUUUGUUAUGCCAGUCAGGAUUCAGAUGAACAUGUUGAAGAAGUCGGUGCUGUGCAGAAAAAUCCUGCCUCUAUGACGUCUGCUAGCACAAAUGACCCUCCGGACUCAAUGGUCCCAGCUUGCUCUGACACGUCUGAAUUAACGCCGCCGCUCAGCAAGCCAGAGGCUGCACAGGAAGCCCCUGAUGUAGAUGUGACACCGGGGAAAGAAAACCGUGGUGGUGAUACGGAUUGUAGCCAGUCACCUUUGGAACAGGAGAAAGCUGACAAUUUACCUGUAGGAGAAGAUGUUGUUGAUGCACCCAAGAAGAAUAGGAUUACUUACUCCCAGAUUGUUAAAGAAGGCAGGAGAUUUAAUAUUGAUUUGACCUCAAAGCUACUUUAUUCUCGAGGAUUGCUAAUUGAUCUUCUAAUCAAAUCAAAUGUUAGUCGAUAUGCAGAGUUCAAAAACGUUACCAGGAUUCUUGGAUAUCAAGAAGGGAAUGUAUUACAGGUACCUUGUUCCAGAGCAGAUGUUUUUAAUAGUAAGAAACUCACUAUGGUAGAAAAGAGAAUGCUGAUGAAAUUUCUGACAUUUUGUUUGGACUAUGAACAGCAGCCUGAUGACUACAAAGCUUAUGAGGAAUGUACCUUUUCGGAAUAUUUAAAAACUCAAAAACUGACGCCUAACCUGCAACACUUUGUCCUCCAUUCCAUCGCAAUGACAUCAGAGGCAUCCACUAGCACGCUGGACGGCCUCAGAGAAACACAGAACUUUCUACGGUGUCUUGGGCGGUAUGGCAACACUCCUUUCUUGUUUCCCUUGUAUGGCCAAGGAGAACUGCCCCAGUGUUUCUGCAGGAUGUGUGCAGUGUUUGGUGGAACCUAUUGUCUUAGCCAUGCAGUACAGUGCCUUGUAGUGGACAAAGAAUCUGGAAAAUGUAAGGCAAUAAUAGAUCACUUUGGUCAGAGGAUAAGUGCUAAGUAUUUUAUCGUGGAAGACAGUUACCUUACCGAGAAAACGUGUUCAAAUGUGACCUACAGGCAGAUCUCAAGGGCAGUGCUGAUUACGGAUCAAUCAGUACUGAAGGCAGAUUCUGAUCAGCAGAUUUCCAUUUUGACAGUGCCACCAGUGGAGCCAGGAUCUGCUGCUGUCCGGGUUGUUGAGUUGUGUUCUUCCACCAUGACGUGCAUGAAAGGAACAUAUCUCGUCCAUUUGACUUGUCCGUCCUCAAAGAAAACAGCAAGAGAAGAUUUAGAGUCAGUUGUGCAGAAAUUGUUCACUCCGUAUGCUGAGGCAGAGCUGGAAAAUGAAGAACGAAAAAAGCCAAAUCUUCUGUGGGCCCUCUAUUUCAACAUGAGAGAUUCUUCAGAUAUCAGUAGAGAGUGCUAUAAUGAUUUACCUUCAAACGUGUACGUGUGCUGUGGACCAGAUGGUUUUCUGGGAAAUAAAAAUGCUGUCAAACAGGCUGAAGCACUUUUCCGGCUCAUCUUGCCAAAUGAAGAGUUCUGCCCACCUCCACCAAAUCCUGAAGAUAUUGUUUUUGAUGGAGAUGGUCUGCAACCAGACCUUUCUUCACCCAAGCCAGAGAAUGCUGAAGAAAACACAGACCAAGGAGAAGUAGAAGAGCACUCGGAAAAAUAGAUGACAAUUAGCCAGGGAGCCCUACUUCAAAAAUCGUCUUCAGUGUCCAGAUUGUCUUAACUUGAGCAAAGUUAGCAAAUGACUGAAAAGCAAUAGCCACACUCUUUCUCCCCUCACCCUCGCCCCCAAAUCAGAAGGUUCCCUCCCCAGCCUUGAAGAAGAACAGUGUUGCACAAAGUCAAAACCAUACUUUUUUUUUUUUAAUACUAGCUCUUUAUUUUCAAAAUACAUGCAGAUACAGUUUUCAGCAUUUACUCUUGCAAAAGCUUAUGUUCCAUAUUUUUCUCCCUUUGUUCCCCCACCUCCUCUCUUAGACAGCAAGUAAUCCAAUAUAGGUGAACAUGUGAAAUUCUUCUAUACAUAUUUCCACAUUUAUCAUGCUGAACAAAAAAAAUCAGAUCAAAAAGGAAAAAAAAAGAGGAAAAAAAAGCAAGCAAACAACAACAAAAAAGGUGAAAAUACUAUGUUGUGAACCACACUUAGUUCUCAUAGUCCUCUCUCUGGAUGCAGACAGCGCUCUCCAUCCCAAGUCUAUUGGAACUGGCCUGAAUCACCUCAUUGUUGAAAAGAGCCAAGUCCAUCACAAUUCAUCAUCACAUAAUCUUGUUGUUGCUGUGUACACUGUUCUCUUGAAAACCAUACUUUUUAAAACACUUAUUCUUCCUGUUUUAAAAAGUCAGAACUUUUGUAUUAACAGAUAGAGUUUUUAUAGUGCUUUGUCUCCCAGGAAUCACUGUCCAGGUUAAGGGACCUGACAAAUUGGUAGCUGUGGUGUCGUGUUCAGACAGUGUUCCCUCUAUUUCCUCGGGCUCAGUAGAGUCUUUCUCCAAAGGUUUGGCUCAUUGGAAUACCGAGCCCUUCCCUGGCUUAUUUCCAAUGAUAAUGUUUUCAUGAGUGGGCAAGUCGCAUAUACAUGUAUAAGUAAGUAUAGUUUAGGAGAACUAAGAUUACAUAAGCAAGCCAUCUUUGCCUAUAUUUUGAGGAGUUUUUACAAUCUGUAGAAGCCCCAAGAUAUGCUUGAAACUUUUAUACCCGCAUUUAUAAAAGACUGGAGUUCUUCAGUUAUCUUAUUAUUACUAGCUAACAGCAUGUUGUUUAAGCAGAAUAGUUAUCUUCUUAUUUGGAAUUUUUUUCCUUAGUAGGAAAACUCAGUAAAAACUAGUAUCAGAAGCAGUGACAGCUUUGAAACUAAAUGUAGGUAUGUUCUUACUACUGAACAAAGCAAUGGAGAUAAAUAGCAAGAGUAGCCCUGACCUGAUUGACAGCUUGGAGACAAAGAUGAAUCCUUGCUAUGCCAGUUUCUGUCUUUGGGCAAACACUUUAACCUCUCUGUGCCUCAGUUUUUCCAUCUGUAAAAUGGUAAUAAUAAUACCUUUCCUUGUGUACUUGAUGAAAAUGCUAUGAUAAUAAGAUGCAUUUGUGUAGAGUAUAAAAGCAUACUUUUUUCAAGGGGAAAAUGUUCUAAAAUUCUUAAGCCCUCUCUUCUGACUUUUGAUUUGAGAUGAGCAGUUAAAUACUCCAUACUGUAAAGUAGCUCUAGGUUUCCUGAGAAAACAAUAAGAUCAUCUAUAACUGUUCUUAUUCCCGUGUAGCAAGAUUUUGAAAUGAAAAUGCAUUGUUUAAAUGUAUUCAUCUCAACACAUCAGUUUAUCUUAAUUGUCAGGGACAUUCUAUAGAUCCUCUAAGGUAUUACUACAUGGAAGUAUGGCUUUGAGCUUUUACCAGGAUAAGUACUAUGUAAAUCGAAGUCAUAUUUCUUUUCUCACAGGCACAUCCCAAACAGAACGUUAUAAUUAGUGAAUCCUAAAGUGUGUGUGACAGAAAGAACUCUACAUCUGAAGACCAAAGCCAGUUAUAAUAACAAUGCCUGUAUGUAUUAAAGCGAUUGCCAAGCCCAGGCAUAUAACCUACUUUAAGGGCAAUGGUGAGUAGUUCUAGAUUACAGUAGGAAAAACAAGAAGUCGAAGUUCUUUGUAAUGAGAUUUGGCCUGUUAAAAGCCAUGGCUGCCUGGGAAAGCACAUAUUUCAAUAUACCUUAGCUGUAACUUGUCCUCAAAUUUCCCCAUGUUAUAAGAAUCUACAAGGAAGAAAGUUGGUGCUUUGAUCAGUUCUCUCCCUGGGAAGAGGGAGGAACAGAAUAUUAUGAAUCUGCACAGGUAAUUUUGAAGCCAGGAAGUGUAGAAAUUUUAACCUCUUCCUUCCCACUGCGCGCCUCUCAUUCCUGCUCCCCACUGUGCCCCCUCGCACUUUCAAGACGAUUUGCUGCCAGUGAAAAGUCUUCCCUUUCUGAAUGCAAAAUUUUCCCUAUUUGCUCUUCUGAUUUUAACAUAUCACACAUUUCAAGUGUGGUAGAAUCCUCUUGGCUUGUUCUGUGAAUUUAGUUCUACCAUAAGUCAUGUAGCUCCUGAAAACCAACUACUGCAUGCAGUGAAAACCUAAUAUAUCUCUCUAUAUAUAACCCUAUUAGUCUUAGAGCUCCAGGUGUUAGUUUUUCCCUGGAUACUAGCAAUAUAAAAGGGUUCUACUAUAUGUGAAUAUUGGGUCGGAAUAUAAUUGCAGUAGGCUGCACUAAUUCCCAUCUUUUGUUUUAUUUUAUUCAUCCUAAUUUAGCUUUUUAACUAUAAUGUACAAAUUUAUGCAAACCAUAAAUAAAUCGGGGUAACCCCAUAUAAUAGGAAAAAAUAAAUCCAGAGUAUUCUCCUUUUGGUUUGUUCAGUCAGACAAUGUAGGGUAUACUAUAGGAAGGCUUUUAACCUGUGUCAUACCCUAUUUUUAGCCUUUAACUUAUAUGGACAUAGCCUCUCCAGUUACUCUAGGUGCUUGGUGAGGAUUAUUUAUGCAAGAGGGCUCCCUGAGUCUGCUAUGGAUAAUCUUCCAUCUGCUGUUGAAGUAUGAAAAAAUUUUGAAUCUAGGCCAUGUUGACAUCAAACUUCGUUAUAACUCUUGAUUUACCUCAUUGCAUAAUCGCCUUGUUACAUCAGAAUGUAAUAGAAGUUAUUCUUUUGGGGCUACGAAUGUUAAGUACUGCUAAUAAAUAUCGGUUUUAAGGAGAAUUCUAUGUUUAAAAGGUUUGUUAUAGAAUCAACAUCUUCACCUGAAGUUUACUAUAUGCAGUCUGUCUCUGUUUUUAUAUAAAGGAAAUUUAUACACGAUUUAAAACUUGAAUGAUUAAUUAAAAAUUUUGAAACACCA